AUGGCAGGGUGGGCAAAUGUCAGCCGUCGAAGUCACAACAUGGUCAUGCAGCGAGCUCUCUCAUCAGCGCAGAUUCUGAAGGGCCUCCAAGACGACGUCGCCAGCAUCAAGACACGUCGAGAGUCCAUCCUGAAGGACAUUGAGCAGAUGGCUUUGGAGGAUAGAGAGGAUGCCGAAAAGGCCGCGAGGGAGGCGCAAGCGAUAGCGGAUGCGGAUGCGGAAAAGGAGGACCCAGAGGAAACUGAGUUGUCUGAGGGUGAAGAUGAGGACGAAUAG